GGAGAAGAGGUGAAGAUGGACAGCCCGGAACGACUAUCCCUCCCCACCGGACGGUCCCUGCAGCUCAGAUGGCCGGGACCAGCACACCCUAACGUCCCGUGGAGAUUGCCAAGAAAGGGCUACUUUGGUGCAGCAUACCCCUAUUGAUUCUAGGCUAUAUCAUCUACAUCAGCUCAUUAAGGUGCUUUCCAAAGGAGCCUUCUACAACGCCUUGGGGAGCUCCCAUUGUGUGGGAAGGAAUGUUCGAUCAUGAGAAGGAAAAUGAAGUUCAUCGGGCUCUUGGGACUGUGAUUGGUCUCUCGGUAUUCGCAGUUAGAAAGUAUCUUGACACUUAUCUUGAAGAGUUUCUUUCCUCCGCUAAUCGCUUUUUCAUGCCUGGCCUGCCCUGCGUGGUCUAUGUCCUCACUGACCGCCCAUCAGAUGUGCCCAACAUUAAUAUUCGGUCUGGUAUGUCCAUCACCAUCCUGCAGGUGACCAGGCGGGCUCGCUGGCAGGACAUCUCUAUGCUGCGCUUCUUUGAUCUCAGGGAUCUAGUGCUGCCUCUGGCUCGUAAUCAAGUGGAUUACCUGUUCUGUAUGGAUGUUGAUCAGGUAUUUACCUCCAACUAUGGACCAGAGACUCUUGGUGACCUUGUAGCUCAGCUACAUUCUGGAUAUUACUUAGCAAACAAAGAGAAAUUUCCCUACGAGAGGAAUCCUUUAUCUGCAGCCUUUUUGGCUCCAUCGAUGGGUAUGUUUUAUUACCAUGGAGCAGUGUUUGGGGGAACGCCCACUCACCUUGCCAAUCUCACUUCCACCUGCCUGAGGAACAUCUUGAAGGACAAGGAAAAUGGUUUGGAAGCCAUCUGGCAUGAUGAGAGCCACCUCAACAGGUACCUGGCCCUGGAACGCCUACCAUCAAAGGUGCUAUCACCCGAGUAUUGCUGGGACAACAGGUUAUGGCUGCGGUAUCACAAACUGAGCUGGGCAGAGAAAUACUAUGAAACCAUCAGAGUAUGACCCAGACACGUGGGCCCGUGAGGAGGUUUCUCGCACUAACUUAUAGCACAACAAAUAUUGACCAAUGGGAAGAAGAUGGCCACUAAUAUAAUGGAGUACUUGUACUUUGUGACGAAAACAUGAAGGUUCUAGAAUAUUUUGAAGCCUUAUACAGUAUUUUUUUUUUUUACGCCAUUUUCCAUGCAGUUUUGAUAAU